CUCCUGGGCUAUCAUGACCACCGUAUCAUCUACCCGGGACCCCCUGAUCUCCAAAAACGAGUGGGGUUCAUCUCCUCCAAUCCUAGCCUCUACGAUGCCUCCAUGCAACUCCGCGAUUUGGAGAUGAGCGAUUCCGCCACGUACGAAUGCACGGUGAAGAAGACCACGGAAGCGACUCGCAAAGUGACCAUCACUGUUCAAGAAAAACCAGCGCUUCCUCGCUGUUGGAUCAUUGGCGAGGUCGCUUACGGGGAAGACAUCACGCUUCGUUGCUUCACUUCCACGGGGAGCCAGCCGCUCAGCUACCACUGGUCCAUGGCCGGUGGAAAUUACCACGAUUGGAUGCCCUCAGCAAGCCUCACUCCGGGGGAUCUCCAGAUCCGCGAUCUGUGCGAUGACCACGUGGGGAUCUACGAAUGCAGUGUGGGCAACAAUGUCGGCACGGCUUAUUGUUCGGUGGAAAUUCAGUUCGGAGGAGGUUGGAGCCGAGGCUGGAUCAUCGCGGGCUCCAUCAUCAUCGCCCUGUUGUCCAUCGCCCUCAUCGUGGGGGGCGUGAUCUGGUGCUGCUGGUGCUGCUGGGGGAAAGGCGGGGGCUGCUGCGGGGACCAGUGCCCCAGCUGCUACUGCGGGAAGGACUACUGCUGGGACUGCUGCUGCAACUUCAGCCAUGACGGCCCCGAGAAGCAUCAGCAGUACUCCCAGACCAAGGCCAGCGACAUCUG